AUGGACGCCGUUUCACUCAGCACCGCCAUAACGACCAUCUCCCUCGCGGGAGCUUACCUCUUUUCCUCUGGCCGACUAGCACCACUACUAGAACUUCCACGGCUUGGCUUCUUUGCCGCCUUCGCCGCAUUGUUGAGCGUUCAGCUACUGCUGUACCUGAUAUGGAGCAUCAUACUCUAUCCCAAAUUCCUCUCCCCUCUCCGGGGGCUUCCCGAGCCUAGCGGCAAUUCUUUGUUCAUGGGACAAUUCCCCAAGAUCGCUCCUCAUCCAUCCGGGACCCCCCAUAUGGAAUGGAUCAACUCGAUCCCGAAUGAUGGCCUCAUUCGCUACCUUGGCCCCUUCAACAAGGAGAGGCUUUUCAUCACGUCACCAAAGGCGCUUGCCGAGGUGCUGGUAACCAAGAACUACGAGUUUGUGAAGCCCUAUCAGUUCCGUUUCAGCAUCGGCCGCAUUUUAGGAAUAGGCAUCCUCCUCGCCGAGGGCGACGAGCACAAAGCACAGCGCAAAAAUCUGCUUCCGGCAUUUGCAUUCAGGCAUAUCAAGGAUCUGUACUCCAUUUUCUGGGACAAGUCCCGGGAAGGAGUCGAGGCCAUGACUCGGGAGAUCCAACGUGAUGCCGCAAACUCGUCGGCCGAGAGCCAGAACUCAGCCGUGAUCGAAGUGAGCAGCUGGGCCUCGCGGAUAACUCUCGAUAUCAUCGGGGUAGCCGGCCUGGGCCACGACUUUGGCGCCAUCGCGGAUCCCGACGGCGAGUUGAGCAGGAUAUACCAGCAACUCUUCAAGCCCAGCCGCCAAGCACAGUUCCUGGGACUGCUGCAGAUCCUCUUUGGGGCCCGCCUAGUCGACCUACUCCCCGUGAAACGCAACGCCGACGUCCACAGCGCAUCCAGAAAAAUCCGAGGCGUGUGUGCCGAUCUGAUCCGCGAGAAGAAGCAGAAACUGGCGCGCAAGGAGCUGGUCGACGUAGACAUCCUCUCGGUGGCCCUCGAAUCGGGCGGCUUCACUGACGAGAAUCUUGUCGACCAGCUCAUGACGUUCCUCGCGGCCGGCCACGAGACGACGGCCUCGGCGCUCACCUGGGCGGCCUACCUGCUCGCCAGGCACCCGGAUGUGCAGGCGCGCCUGCGGGCCGAAAUCCGGGAGCGCCUUCCGCCCAUCUCGGGCGGAGGGACUGUGUCCAGCGUGGACAUUGACCGCAUGCCAUACCUCAACGCCGUGUGCAACGAGGUCCUGCGCUAUUUUGCCCCCGCGCCCAUGACGCUUCGCAUCGCCAACUGCGAUACCAGCAUCCAGGGCCGCUUUGUCCCCAAGGGCACGCAGAUCAUGAUUGUGCCCUGGGCCAUCAACAAGUCCAAGAGCCUCUGGGGUGAGGAUGCGCUCGAGUUUAAGCCGGAGCGGUGGCUGCCCAAGUCGGACGGCGACAGCAAGAGCGCCGCGGCCAGCAGCGGCGGCGGCGCCACGAGCAACUAUGCCUUCAUGACGUUUCUACACGGCCCGCGCAGCUGCAUCGGCCAGGCGUUUGCCAAGGCCGAGUUUGCCUGCCUGCUGGCUUCGUGGCUCGGCAGGUUCGAGCUGGAGCUGCACAACAAGGAGGAGAUGGAUGAGUCCAAGGUUGAGAUCAAGGGCGGGAUUACGGCGAGGCCGGCAAAGGGCAUGUAUGUCAAGGCGACGGUGCUUGAAGGGUGGUGA